CUUUACAUUUCGCUGAAAAGUCCACGUCAACGGCCAAACCAGCGCGUGAAUCACCAACUCCUUAACCCUUCUUCCCCCAUCAAAAACCUCGAGCACACGCACAUCACGUACACACACUCACACACUAAAACCGUAAAAAAAAUAAAAUAAAAUCCUCCCUUCCCGAAAUUGCCCCUUUCAGCUCAAUCGAGAUCUGUGCACCCCCUUCUCUCUUCUAUUUCCUCUCUGCGUAUUUUCACACAGACACACACUGACUAAAUCCUCCCUCUGUGUAAGCAUCUGCAUAUAGAGAGAGAGAGAGAGAGACAUAGAGGAAGAAGAACCUGGAUGUGUGAGUGAGAGAUGGCGAAGGGGAGAAUUCAGAUGCUGAGAUGGAACGUUGCCGUUUUGGUGCUUAUCUCGUUGGUGGCACUGGUGAGAUCGGAUGCAUCGGAUCACAAAUACAACGCUAAAGAUGUAGUUCCUCUCUACGCCAACAAGGUCGGCCCUUUUCACAACCCUAGCGAAACAUAUCGAUUCUUCGAUCUCCCGUUCUGUUCUCCAGGUUCAGAUUUACACCAUCAUUACUACUUUUUUCACAUUUCUUUCUGAGAUUGUAUUGUGAUGUUUGUGGGGAAAUGUUUAUUGGCAGCUCAUGUGAAGGAGAAGAAAGAAGCUCUUGGUGAAGUCUUGAAUGGAGAUCGUCUUGUCAGUGCCCCAUAUGUACUAGAGUUUCUAAAUGACAAAGAUUCGGAAAGCGUUUGCAAGAAGAAGUUGUCUAAGGAGGAAGUUGCCCAAUUCCGAAAGGCAGUGGCAAAAGAUUAUUACUUUCAAAUGUACUACGAUGACUUGCCUGUCUGGGGCUUUCUAGGCAAGCUCGAGAAAGAGGGAAAAGCCGAUCCCAGCGAGUACAAAUAUUACCUUUUUAAACACCUGCAUUUCGAGGUACUCUAUAACAAGGAUCGCGUGAUUGAGAUCAAUGCUAGAACUGACCCGAAUGCUCUUGUUGAUAUCACCGAAGACAAGGAAGUUGAUGUGGAAUUCAUGUACUCAGUAAAAUGGAAGGAGACCAAUAUCCCUUUUGAAAAGCGGAUGGAGAAAUAUUCACAAUCGUCUGCAUUGCCGCAUCACUUGGAAAUUCACUGGUUCUCCAUCAUCAACUCAUGUGUGACUGUACUCCUCCUUACUGGUUUUCUUGCCACUAUUCUAAUGAGAGUUCUUAAGAAUGACUUUGUCAAGUAUGCUCAUGAUGAAGAGGCUGCUGAAGAUCAAGAAGAAACUGGGUGGAAAUAUAUCCAUGGGGAUGUUUUUAGGUUCCCUAAGUACAAGUCUUUGUUUGCUGCAGCUCUUGGGACUGGCACCCAGUUGUUCACCCUGACAAUUUUCAUUUUUAUUUUAGCUCUUGUUGGUGUAUUUUACCCUUACAACCGGGGUGCUCUGUUCACUGCACUUGUUGUCAUAUAUGCUCUGACAUCUGGAAUUGCUGGUUACACAUCAGCUUCAUUCUAUGGUCAACUUGAAGGGACAAAUUGGGUCAGAAAUCUUUUGUUGACUGGAGCCCUGUUUUGCGGUCCAUUGUUCCUAACUUUUUGCUUUUUGAACACUGUUGCAAUUGCCUACAGUGCUACUGCUGCCCUGCCAUUUGGAACCAUUGUAGUCAUCUUCCUUAUCUGGGCCCUUGUGACAUCACCUUUGUUAGUACUUGGCGGGAUUGCUGGAAAGAAUGGCAAGGCAGAGUUUCAAGCUCCUGUUCGUACCACAAAAUACCCCCGAGAGAUUCCUCCAUUACCUUGGUACCGUAGCACUCUGCCUCAGAUGGCAAUGGCUGGGUUUUUGCCCUUCAGUGCUAUUUACAUUGAGCUUUACUACAUAUUUGCUAGCGUGUGGGGCCACAGGAUUUACACCAUUUACAGCAUCCUAUUUAUUGUCUUCAUCAUACUUCUGAUUGUCACUGCUUUCAUCACCGUGGCAUUGACAUACUUCCAACUUGCUGCGGAGGAUCAUGAAUGGUGGUGGAGGUCUUUCCUAUGUGGUGGAUCCACUGGACUCUUCAUCUACGGCUAUUGCUUGUACUACUAUUAUGCCCGGUCCGAUAUGUCAGGGUUCAUGCAGACUUCCUUCUUCUUUGGCUACAUGGCUUGCAUAUGCUAUGGUUUCUUCCUGAUGCUAGGGACAGUUGGCUUCCGUGCAGCACUCUUUUUUGUCCGUCAUAUAUACCGCUCAAUCAAGUGUGAGUAGGAAGUGGACUCUAGGAGGUCCUUUUUUGCUCUACCGCAUGAUCAACAUCUUGAGUAGGGCAAAUCUUGUUUGCAAAGGAUUAUGUAGAACAGGAUUUAGUGAGAAGAAGCAUGUAUAAUUUUACAAGAAAGAACUCAUUUUGCUUCACUGAGAAUUCAAGGCAUUUUUCUCUUUAUAUCUGAAAGUUUCUUUCUUUUUCCCCCCUUCCCCCCUUGUUGCAAUAUGUACUAGUACAUUUUGACAAAAAUGAGGUAACAGCCGGAGUAAUGACAGAAAUUCUUCCAAAGUUAAAUGUUGGGUUCUCGUCUAAUUUGUUAUCUUGAUCUGCUGCAAACUCUCUAUAUACAGUCCAGUAAUGAGUGAGUGAUAUAUACGUUGUAAAAGUGGUCUGUUCCGAUGGCAAUAUACUGCAAAUUUCAC